CCGUAUUAUCCGGUUUUGGAAUCCGGUGCCUUCAGGUUUUGUAGAGGAUAUCCUCUGAAGUACUCCAAAUGUGUUAGUGUAUUGGUUUAUUUAAUAAAUUUUACAAUUGUAGCUUUCAAUUUUGUUCGCUUGUGAAGGCUUUGUCUACUUACUUUUAAAAAGUGAACAUGCUCAGUGUCGAGUCGCUGCCGGUGGCUGAAGAGGAGGUGGUUGAAUCAAGCUCCAAUAGGCUUGGUGACAUCUACACUUUAGUGGCGGAGGGCUGCUACCCCCAAACAAUGAAUCCUAUACGAAAGAAGAAUCUCAAAAGAUAUGCCCAGAAAUUCAUCAUUGACGAGGGAAGACUGUACUAUGUGGGACCAAAGAAAGAGGAGAAGCGAGAGGUCGUGAUUGAGACUGAGAGGAAAAGACAGAUCUUCCUCGACUGCCACUUCAGUGACAUUGGCCAUCACCUUGGCCAAAAAAAGACUGUCCACAGGAUCCAAUCCAAGUAUUACUGGCUGGGUAUUGUCAAGGAUGUGGUAGAUUGGAUAAAAGUGUGUGAGACCUGUCAACACACAGAGAGAAGUAAAAACAUGGCGAGGACUGUUCGGCCCAUUAAAGUGGAUGCUCCCUGGGAUAUCAUUGGGAUUGACAUAACAGGACCCUUCCCGGAAACCUUGCAAGGCAAUACGAAUGUGCUAAUCAUCAUUGAUUACUAUACUAAGUGGGCAGAGGCCUUCCCUAUUCAGAAGACAGAUGUCCUCUCUGUUGCAAGAUGCAUUUCCAAAUCAAUAUACAGGUUUGGAGCACCUAAAACAAUAGUUUGUACACAGAAUGUUGACUUCUGUGAUGAGGUGACAAAGCUGCUGAGUGACAGAUGGGGACUUGUGCAGAAAGUGUCCCCUCGGGAGCAUCCCCAACUCAACCCGCUCCAUGACCGCACCAGUGGGAUGUUGAAGGAGGCCAUUAUGCAGAUGGUGACAGAGAAGCAGGCUGAGUGGGAUGAUUUCCUGGACACUGUGAUGUUUUUGUUCAGAACAUCUACCAACCCUACCACCAAAUUCACUCCUUAUUCCCUCAUGUUCAACAAGAAAGUUCAUUUACCCAAGGAGGCAAAACUUAAUCUGCUUGAUUACGAUGUCCAAGAGCAGGACAUGUAUUCCACAAAAGAAGAGGUUGCAGCAUAUAUGACUAUAAUGCAGGAGCAGCAGAACUCUAUAAAGCAGCUGGUGAUAGCCAACAUGAACAUGGCAUACAAACAGGAAAAGAAAAAUGCCAAAUGUAGGCCACGAAAUAUGCCCUCAAUGACCUUUAAAACUGAAGAUCCGCUGUUUGGCUCAGAGGAGUCACCUUCCCCCAAAAAACUGAAGGGGAGCCUGUAUUUGUCUUUUCCUGUGGAGACAGUCCUAGCCAAUGAGCAGAGUUGCCCAGAAGUCAAAAAGACUGACUUGGGAUAUCCGCUGCCAGUCCCCGAUGUCCACUGAGGACUCUUUCUGUUUAACAUGGAAAGUUGGAAAACCAAUAAGACACCACAUUGGUGAGACCGUAUGUUCCAAACUGCCUGAAAUCUUGGAUUAAUGAUGUUAAUUCAAGUAUUGGCUACAAGAACUUGACCAUUAGCCACCUCUCAGACUGUCAACCUAACAUUGCAUUUUCCUCAUGCAAAUUUCUCCUGUAUCUGUCCAGUGUGUUGUUCGAAGAUGUUUCUUGGACUGAAAUGCAUAGCAACUUAGCCUUUAGCUGAAGAGGCUGGGGUAAAUAUUUGAAAUAUUUACUGCUGUUUUUUCAGGGAUGGGUGGGGCUGGGGUCGUCAAGUCAAGUCGAAUGUUAUUUGUAUAGCCCUAAAUCACAAUUCUGUCCCAGCGGGUUUUACAGUCGCAUUCUUCAACAAUUAAAAAUAGAACAAGUGUCAAUGUACAAUACCCCCUUAUCCCUAGACCCUUGAUUCUGAUGAGUCUAGAAAAAAAAAAUUUCAGGGAAAAAAAAUAGGAGAAACAUCGGGAAGAACAUCAGAGGGAUCCCUCUUCCAGGAUGGCUAGGCAGUUGCUCAGUUGUUUCUUACUUUGUGAUGAAGAAGGAAAGAGAUUUCAUUGUUUAAUUUAUAACAGUUUUCAAUAAAGACAAGUGUUUCA